GUAUUACAAUGACAUCGGAUGCAGUAUAACAACACAAUAAAAUGAAGAACUGAAGACGUACAUUUAUAAAGCUCCAUUUACAACCAUAGGAGAUUCCAAAGAUCUUUGCACUUGGGGGUUCAGAGUCCUGAAGAUGGAAACUACUGACCUGAUCGAGAAAGCAAGGCUUGCUGAGCAGGCAGAGCGCUAUGAUGACAUGGCAACCUGCAUGAAAAAGGUCACGGAGAAAGGCAAUGAACUCUCCAGUGAGGAACGAAACCUGCUUUCUGUCGCUUUCAAGAAUGUAGUUGGAGCCCGUCGGUCAUCCUGGCGGGUCAUCUCCAGCAUAGAGCAGAAAACCGAAAACAGCGAAAAGAAGCAGCAGUUGGUAAAAACGUACCGAGAGAAAGUUGAGAAGGAGCUGCAGGACAUCUGCAAUAAUGUGCUGCAUCUUCUGGACACGUACCUUAUUCCCAAAACCAGCCAAUGUCCAAGCAAGGUCUUCUAUCUGAAAAUGAAGGGAGACUAUCACAGAUACCUCUCUGAGGUUGCAAGUGGAGACGAGAAAAAAGCCACGGUGGAAAACUCGCAGGCGGCCUAUCAGGAGGCAUUUGAUAUGUGUGUGACAAAAAUGGAGCCGACACAUCCCAUCCGACUUGGCCUGGCUCUCAACUUCUCCGUGUUCUAUUAUGAGAUCCUGAAUGAUUCUGAGAAGGCGUGCAAUCUGGCUAAAUUAGCAUUCGAUGAUGCAAUUGCAGAGCUGGACAAGUUGACUGAUGAUUCGUACAAAGAUAGCACCUUGAUUAUGCAGUUACUUCGGGACAAUUUAACUUUGUGGACAUCAGACAACCAGGGUGAAGAUCAGGAACCUAGUGAUGGGCAGAGCUAAAACAUUUGUUACACUUCCAACUUACCCACUGAUUUACUCUCACCUGCUCCUGUCUGGCAAAACUAUCCCACCAGUCCCUCAUCUCUUUUCUUGUACCCCUCUGAGCUUUUUUUCUUUGAAAAGGCAAUGCAUACCAUUUCCUUGAGCUGCACAGAGUUUCACACAGCCAUGCUGCAUUCUGAUGCACUGAGAGAACACAUGGGGCUGGGGGCAAUCUAACACCAGGGGUAACUGUGAGUUACUCUGCUUUUAAUGGUUAGCUUUAUCUGGCUGGAUAUCUUGGUGUGAAACCUUCUGGCUGUUGGGUUGGAAUUUCUUCAGGUGCCUAACCUAGCCUGUGAUUUUAUUGGAGGAAGGUAAGGGCAGGAAGAGAGGAAUGAGCAAGAAUUGUAUUCCACAGGCACUGCUUGGUGAGGGGCUUGCUGCAUGUUAAUGUAAUCAACCCUGGAAGGCAGUGUUUGUUUACUGAAUGGUUCCUACUUUGUGAGUUUGCUUUUCUAAAUAGAGCUCAGGUUUACAUUCCUCACUCCUGCCCAAGUGUACACUCCUCACUCCUGCCUAAGUGUACACACACUCACUCUCUCUUACAAGCAUCAUCCUCUGCAUCCUCCUGCCCUGUUCAAUGAGCGCACACUCAGGCAGGUGCAGAGGCAAUAAUUGCCAGUGUGUCUGGAUGGGUAUCCCAACUUUCAGUAGCAGUGAGGUUCUUCAGUCAUCAUGGAAAUUUAUAGGGAAGAAAAUAGUGAUGGCUUUCAUCAUUCCAGGCAUUCCUAACUCUGGGGGCCACUUUUUGCACAAUCAGGUGCUGAUUUUGCUGCUGGUUGACCUGCAUGUGUUGAAGUUCACUCAAACUAGGCUCCUCUCCCCUCUCCCAUCCAAUUCCUCCUCUCCACAAGUCCCUGCAAUUGAUCUGACUACUUUCUAAGUUCUGUCUUGUUUGUUCUGUUCUUGGUGUUUUGGAGAUCCUCUGACUCUGAUCAUUGAUUAGCUCUGUUGUCUCACCCUACUCUGGGUUCCUCAUUGUCCCUCUCUGCUCCCCUUCCCAUUCCCCUGCACUAUUACAGCAAUUUUGCUGCUAUUCCUUUUCUUGCAUUCACAUGCAGCCAACGUCUGGUAUUUCUCUUUUUGUACUUGCACAAAGCUCAAUCACGUGGUGUACUAACUGGCACCUUCAGCAACUCCACCUCCCCAAUUUUGCUUUAAUCCUAACCAAGAUAUGAAUGUAUUUUUGGUAUUUUGAUACUAAGCUGUUACGUUCCUUCAGAUUUGUCUCUCAAACCUAGGCCUUUCCCUGUAACUUUCUGUUCUUGAGACCAUGGUUUGUUUUGGGUGAGUAGGGGGGAAAUCUGCAGCUAGUGAUUCCUGUUGGCUUCCUGAAUUGUACUUUUAAACAUUCUUUCCCAAAGUUAGAACCAUGUGUGGAAAUAUGUGCAGAUUUGUAUUGAUGUAAUCUGAAUUAAUCACAUCCUGUGUCAGCCUAUUUAAAAUACUGCGUCUAAGUAUGAAUUUUGGCAAAAUCAGUGUAACUUUUAAUUGACUUGGUCUAUCCCAGUAGGUAAAAGAUGAGCUCACUCUCAGCCAAUAAGCUGCACAGUCUAUCAGUGUAGCCCACUGGGUUAUCUAGGUGGAUUGAGUGGUCUGUUAGUUCUCCGAAAUCAUGGCUGCUAACAUAUGGUGCAUAGAAAAGGCUGGCAGUAUCUUUGGGGGUGGUGCAGGAAAAGUCCUUGGAUGGAAAUGGGCAAACAUUCAGUAUCCUACUGUGUUUCCUAUUGUGUUUUGUUUAUUACAUUCCAUUAUGUGCAACGUUUGUUUGUCAUCUUCUGAAAAACAUACUGUGCACUGAAAUGAUCAAUUGAAAUCACUUCUGAUUGAACAAACAUGCUAUUGAACUCUAGGUGCCCUCUGAUACUGAGUACAGAGCAGACCCUUCAGUCUGAUCAAUAUUUCUACUAUCUGCUUUCUUGCUUUGUUUUACUGAUCAGUAUUCCGCCUCCAUUUGCUUCUGUGACCGUUGUAGCGUGCACGUGAUUGUGUAACAGUAGUGCAAAACAUAUUAAAAACUUUUUUUGAUGUACGAGUAAAUUUGUGUAAGCCUUUUAAGUGAACUGUGGGCAAAAAUAAAUUCAGAACAUCUACACAACAGCUCAAUAAGGAAAUAAAGGUUCAAAUGAGUAA